AUGAAUCGGAACGAAGGUCAGGGGGUCUUCCGCAAGCCACGAGGCUCGCUGCCUCUCCUCGUAGCCUCCAUCCCACGUACUCCAGUAGCGUUACCGGCCCUCACCCCGCAGAUACGUGCCUGGCCAUCCAAGCAGCGCCCCAACAACCUCCAUCCCCACCCUCCCCACGUUCUACACCCGCACUCGCACCCGUGUCCUCGCAUACCCGUCGCGCGCAAAAAACCUGAUCUUCGCCGCCCUCUGCGCAACGACGCUGUCCUGCUACUACUGCUGAUAUUCGCACCCUCUCUCGAUGCCGGCGUCUGUCGUUUGCGCUCGUAUUACCACGAACGCACGCCUGCACACGCGUGCGACGUCCUCGAGCCCGAGCUCAAGCCCAAGUCCGAGCGUGUCGCAUCGUCCCUAAUGCGGGUUCAACCAGAGCUGUAA